AUGAAUUGCUAUCUUCACCUUUUUCAACCACCUCCAAAUUCUCUGAACGCACAACUUCAUCUUCAUCUUCAUUUUUCACUUCAUCAGAAGGAUCACUGCAAAGAGCUCAGAAGUUCUCCCUGCAUCCACUCUCCAAUUCGUAAAAGCAUCACAAAAAUAAUUCCCUGGGCUCUUCUUUCCUCUUCCUUCCAUAAUUCUUCAAUGAUAGAGGAAUCACCUUGCACCUUCAACUCUCCUCUUCCUCAGUGUAACACAUUCUUCAUCAUCAACCUGCAAUUGCAUCCUCAUCUGUAA